ACAGCAGAAAUUUCUCUUAUUUCGCGUAUUUUGUUAAGCAAAGCAGUAAUCUCAACCCGCAAUCUAAAAAUGAAUGAAUUUGAAGCGCACCAGGACGUUAAAAGCCAUUGGACGAUUCCCCUCGAACCCGAGGAGAUGCAGGAUGUAGAACGAGAACAAUGUUGUUUCCUUUGUCAGAGCGUCAACCGGACGCUAACUGUUCUUUUCAAUGCAGACGUAUCAUCCAUGAAAUUAAGAAAAUUAAUCCACAAAUAUCUUAAAAUCAAGAUGAACCAUUUAGACGAAACAAAUGGAUUUGUCUGCGUCGAUUGCAUAGAAAGGUUGAACUCCCUCAGAUGGUUUGACCAUCAAGGGAGAAAAAAUGAUCUCUUCCUUAAAAAUCUUCCGGAAGAAUUAUUUCUCCAGGGCGAGAGCUACUGUCGGUUGUGUCUGUGUACAACAAGUCGACUACAAGCAAUAUUUCUGGAAAAUGAUCAAACUCCGAAUAAUCCUCUGUGUGAGUUGAUUAAAGAAUGCAUCGGUGUUGAAAUAGAUUACUACCGUGACUUUACGUCGAACCUCUGUACACUGUGUCGCACGCAGUUAGAAAUGUUUGUAACUUUCAAACGAAUCUCUAGGCAGAUUCACGAUGAGGGAACCAAUGCUAAUACCAAUGAGGAGCAGAAUGAAUUUUGGGAGCCAUUGGAAAAAUGUAAGUCCAGUUGCAGCGAUGCAGACGAACCACUGUUAGAAGUGAUGAGCUAUGAAUAUGAAGAAACAAGUAAAAAGAAGAGAAAGCGAAAGGUGAAAAACAGAACUCAAAAGAUCAAAAAACAACCCACACCUAAGAAACAACAAGUGGAAAGUAAUGAUAACAAUGAUAUAAUUUGGGCAAAAACCGAUCGCCAGAGGAUCUAUCGAAUCUUGUGGACGGCUGAUGAUGAGCGGAAUUUCGAAGUAAUCAAAGAAAUGAAAGGGCGAGCACGUAUCAGAAGGGAUGGAUACACAUUUUCCUUUGCAAACAUGAAACCGGAUGGAUCGAGCUUGUGGAAUUGCGACUAUAGGACGCUUCAUAGCUGCAAAUUUCAACUAACCGUCGGUGCCAAUGGGAAAAUUGCGACGGUGACAAAGACCAUGGUUCACACCCACGAUAGCGAACCGGCACGGAUCCUCAAGUCCCCCCUCGGAAAGGGAGUUCUGUUGAACGACGAUGGAACUGAGGAUGUGUUUUGGUUAAUCGGUGUAAGACAUGUGGGCAAAGAAAUCGACAGGCACCUAAUUUUCCGAGGGCAUCAUUACAUCUUACGUGCGUGCGACGUCAGUCAAGAUACCAGUCAAUGGAUAUGCAAAUGUCGCCAAUGCCGAGUAACCGUUGAGGUUCGAGGGGUAUUUAAAUUUAUAACUUCUAAGGGAGUGCAUACCCAUCCGCAAAUAUCCAAACGAGAAUUGCAAGAAGCAUUGAAAGGCAGUAGAGUUAGUGCUAGAUCGGAGGACGUUAUUACUCCAUUCCGUGAUCAGAAAGUCUCUGAAAUGGACCCAAAAAUGUCAAGCUUGCAGAGGAAGUUAUCUGUCCCAGAAGUAUACACCAAACUGGCAAAAGAGGACGAGUAUCGUGAAUUCAUUGUUCUAAAAGCUCGGGAUAAUCUCUACAAAAUACGCUAUCUAGGUUACGAUUAUAAACUUUACUUGAAGCAGACUGAAGGCUCCACCCUUUGGAAGUGCCUCUGGGAGAGCAUCUAUAACUGCAAAGCAGUUAUAGUGGUUUCGGGCGAUGGAAGAAAUGCCGCGUAUUAUGGUCUAGUGGAGCACAAUCAUUCGAUAGAACCAGCACCGAUCUUUCUGUGUGAACCCAAGCAGUACUCAGUUCGGAACAUUGCCAAUGAUGUAUUGGAAUACAUGAAACUUCUGAGCCGUGAGUGUGCAUACUUUCGAAGCCGGACGAUACUGUUUCGCUUUCAUGUGUACAAUUUGUAUCAGAUUAUUAAUGACGAAACUAGAUGGCUGUGUGUCAGAACAGGAUCACAGGGACAGCAAUGUUCCGCUUCCAUCAUAAUAACCGGUUCAAUGGAGUCGUUUUUGCGCAAAGGAGACCACUGUCACUUGCCCAUGUCUACAAGCGAAAUAAAAAGUAUUGUCAAGCCAGGUAACGUAGUGGAACUAUCGGCCUUGAAGCACGACGAAUCUUCGCAGAGUGCUAACACAACGGAUUCCGGAUCAUCGAAUGAUGUACUAAACAUGCUGAAACAGCAACUCCUAGCAUUCCCAGUCGGACGCGGAGGCAUCUGGGACAUGAAAGAGAACAAAAAUCAUCCAUUCUACUUCGUGAUGGACCAGGCGAAGAAGAGUGGUACUCCUUAUAAAUUUUUCUACCAACACUACCGUUAUGCUUUCGUUUCAAUUGAUGAGUAUGGUACCAGUCAAUGGAUCUGUUGCAAGCUGUUGGAAACCAGUGCACGGGAGGGAACAUGUACGGCUCGAGCUACGAUCGAGGGCGUCUUUCAACGGGUAUUAACAAGGGGAACUCACAACCACGAUGGCAUCCCAGAAUCGAUGGUUGAGUAUCUGUGUAGCAAGACGGAAACGAGCAUUUAGUAUAUAGGGUUUACAUAGAAUAGAACUGCUAGGUACUCUGGUAAGAGAUUUUAAUUAGAUCAUUAUUUAUUGCCAUUAUUUUACUAUUUCAUCUCAACUUAUACCAAGGUAAAUUAGAGUAUUCUAGU